AUGGGAAUCAUAGAAGAAGAUUUGAGUAAUGAAUUCCAAAAGUUACUCUACUAUGUCCAGCAUCCCACAACUCUUUGCAAUGCAGCUCUCUCACUGGGCGGCACUAAAGAUUCUAAAAACAGAACAGAUGGUGAUAAGGUCCUUUGUCAGGAUUCUGGGCAUCCCCUGGGACCAUCUUGUUUAGUCUAUUCUUUUGGGGAAAACGACGAAUGGUCUUUUGAAGAAGCCGCGGAGAGGUUUGGUUGUCAGGUCUUCACCUUUGACCCCAGCAUGAAAUUGGACAAUCAUCAACACAAGCCUAAUAUUUGGUUCUACCGCUUAGGAAUAUCAAAUUUUAACGAAGACAGAUUUCUGCUGAAACAAAUGAUGACGUGGAGAAUGAGAACUUUAGAUAGUAUAAUGGAUAUGCUUGGCCAUCAAAAUAAAACCAUCGAUGUGCUCAAGUUGGACAUCGAAGGCGACGAAUGGAACGUUUUAGAAUACAUGCUCCAGAAGGGUUUGUUUGAAAAAAUUAACCACUUGUGUGUCGAAAUUCACCUGCACGUCAUGGAAUGGCAACGCAAACUGAACAUAUUGAGGAACUUGGAAGAAGUAGGUAAUAUGAGGUUCUUUAGCUCAAGAAAGAAUCUAGUCACAAUCCCAAAAGCAGUUCCAGGACAAAGGAACAGGACUGAACAAUUGUUUUAUGAACUAGCGUGGUUCAAAGCAUAA